AUGUCGGCGAGCGCAAGCGACGGCUUGCCCUGCGCACGGAUUAUGCAUGUUCGUGAAGUGGUUGCAGCGGGGCAAUCCGUAGCGGGGAUGCUUGUAAGGGUCACAGGCAGAAUCCGACCAAUAGUAGGAGGCGACGACACCAUCAUCAAGAUAGAGGACCGGUCUGGAGCUCUGCUCGUUGUAGACACAUCCCAUAUAAUCACACCUGGCGUGCGCCCCAACAGCCUGUUCCAGUUUCUAGGCAAGGUCGAUUGGAGAAAAGACGCGGCAGAGGAAGAUAAGAUGGUGCUGCUAGCGCAGGUGGGGCGGAGUGUGGAGGGCAUGGACGAGGGGCUGUUUGAGAGGGCGCUGGGGCUCAAGAGGCAGUUCGAAAGCACUGCGAGAGCCACCACAUACAAUGGGCUGUGCGGCGGAUGGGAGGCCACUUCUGUGGACACUGGUAGCGCGAAUGACAAGCGUUGGAGACUGUAG